GAACCAUCCUCGUCCGCUAUCCCGGGCAUACCUUGUACCCAGCUGCACCGAGCCGCCUCCGAGCACCAUGUUCAACCCGAUCCGGAAUCUAGCCCGGGGCGCCACCAGCAUUUUCCGCGCGCCCAAGAUCAUCGACCGCGGCCUCUCGACCGCGGACAGGGUCGUCCUGGACCCCAACGGCACGCUGCGCAAGUUUCGAGACGGCGCCCGGGCCACCACGGCUCGCGCGUCAAGCCUCUUGCUCGGGUAUGCAGUGGGGGUGUUCGCCGCGGCCGCGGACUGGGCGGGCGUCGACGUGAUCGUCAAGGUCGCGCACCGCCCCCUGGAUGCUGUGAGGGCGAGUCUGGGCGGUGCGGCGGUGACCGUCAAGGUCGCGCGCCGCUCCCUGGAUGCCGUGGGAGAGAGCCUGGUCGGUGCGGCGGUGAUCGUAACAGCUAUAUACUCAAACUGCACAAACAAGGACACGCUCCACUUCAUCCUGCACAAGCUGCCCGAGCUGCUCAGGUUCUUGUACGACUUGGUCAGGCCGGGAACUGUCAUCCCUGGAUUCCUAGCCGCCGGCGAUGGCGGCGUGAUCGAGGAGGAGACGAUGGAUGGGUCAUUAUUCCCGGGAGCAUACAACCCAUACGACGAGCUCGACCUCGGGCAGGACAAGAACCGACGCGCAGUCGUCUACCAGCUGCUGCGGGUCGCGCUGUCGCUCGUCGCCAUCCUGGAAGCCGGCCGGGCCCACCCGACGCCGAAGGAGCUGCCUGGCCUGCGCAUGAACACCCGCCUGGGCAGCGACUUUGAGGAGGACGGCAUGCCCCCGUCGCCGACCUACGAUUCUCGCCUGGCCGAGAUGGGCGGCGGCGGAGGCGGCUCUGCGACGACGAGCGACGAGAGGUGGCUGUUCGUCAACGGCAUCGCCAACGAGCGCGUCUGGUUCCAGGGGUCGUGCGACAAGAUCCGCGACACCUUUCAAAGAGACGUCAGGGGCGUCUACAACAGGAGCGACGGCUUCCUCUGGGACCUGAUCGAAUGCGCCGGCGAGCGCAGCGCGGCGGCCGCCGGCAGGUGCCACAAUGAGCUUAUCCAGCGGACAAAGAGCAGCACAAGUGCGCAGAAGGAGCUCAAGGCCGAGCUCGAGCGCGCGCUGUGGCCGCCUGCCGACGACCCUCCGGCCAAGGUAGUCAUGAUCGCGCACUCCCAGGGCUGCCUCCUGCUACGGCUAGUACUGCAGACGCUGGUGCUGGAGUGCGGCUACACCAGGAGGGCUGACAUGAGGCAGAGGCUGAGGGUGUUCACGUUCGGGAACCCGUGUGUCGACUGGCGCGUCGCCGUCGACGGCGGGACGGGGCGGUCUCUGAGCGAGUACGCCUGGGUGACGGAGCACUUUGCCCACACGGCCGACUUUGUGGCCCGACUGGGGGUCGUGGGGCACCAGCCGGGCUACGACAAGGACUCGGUGUUCUAUAGCAAGGAAGGGAAGGGGCACCUAUUUGGGGCGCAUUAUCCUCUCGGGAUGGGGUCAUACCAUAACGGGAAGAAUUCGGUGUUGUUGAAGGCCGUUUCUGGGGACCCAAUAGCUUGACGAGUGGUGAAGGAAACGUCAUUGAUGGGCAGAGACAUCCGCAUGCGCAUUGGAGCAAGCGCAGUCUCGAAGAGGCGAUGCGGAGUCCAACAUGUUGAUAGAUUUAUCUCUUUUGAACCCAUCCAUGAAAUACUUAUGGCUCCAGCCCACGAUGGAUGUUGCGCUCUUCGUGCAGCCACGUAUAUUAAACCGUCCAUGUCAGCCACAAAGUAUGCGAAACUGGCCAGGCAUCGCGGGCUGUGGUAGCGCCAGAACAAAUUAUCUUGUUGAGGGAAUGCAAGUUUGUAUAGGGAGGACGAAUAAGAAAAAGAACAGGAGAAAGAACAGGGAAGAAAACAAGAAGAGAAAAGG